GCGAGCGACCGCCUUCCCCUCCUCUGAGGCCUUGGCGGAGCUGUGUGGCGAUAUGGCGGCUCUGGUGGUGGUCUUCUGUCCGCUGCUGCGGCUUCGCGGACUCCUUCAGCGCUGCUGGGGGCGGCUGGAGCGCGACCUCUUGCUGGGUUUCUCCGGGGGCCAGAGCCCGCCCUGGGGACCAGCAUUAGCUGUCCAAGCUCCAGCUUGUCUUCCAGAGCCAGUAGGCGACACUAGAGAAAGUAACGAGGCGUCCAGCUUCUUAAAUAGCAUCUUGUGGAUGGCAGCACCAAAGAAAAGGCGCACCAUUGAAGUGAACCGCUGCAGGCGAAGAAAUCCCAAUAAGCUUAUAAAAGUAAAGAGGAACAUAGAUGUUUGUCCUGAGUGUGGAAACUUGAAACAGAAGCAUGUCCUUUGUGGCUAUUGUUAUGCAAAGGUCAAAGCAGAAACUCGACUGAUACGGAUGGAAAUACGUAAAAAGGAGGGAGGACCAUUUAAUACUCCUACUGUAGAGACUGUUGUCCUUUAUGAUGGAGAAAAGCCCACAGAAAAAGAUGAAGGCAAGCGGAUCAUUGAAAGAGCCAGGAAGCGUCCGUCUUGGUUUGUUCAAAACUGAUGCUUUAGAACUAAUGCUAACAAAAACAGUUGCUACAGCAAGAAAGAUAAUGUUUUUCAAGAAUGUGUUCCUUGUUUUGUUCACGCAAUGUUGAUAUGGAUAACCUAUGCACUUUCGGGAAUCCUGCUUGAAUCGUGUUAUGCCAUAUGGUGUUGCAGUCAGGUGUUGUUUCUAUAGCAUGCAGUGGGAAAUGCUUCUCAGUGAUACAUUGUAACAGUCAACAAUUAAAGAGAAAUUAGGAUCUACCUUGGGUUUGGACAUCUGUGUACUGUACACUGAAUAAUUUGUAUGUUAAUGUUCUAUGCUGGUUUUGUAAAUAACAAUUUUUUUCAACGAAGGGAAAACAUUCACAGAUGUAAAAUAAAGUAUGUUAAGUAUCCUGGGGAAA